AUGUCAAACGUGGCAACAGGAAGUGACAAUAUCAUCCAGGGGUUAUCUCUGAAACUCUCGUUUAUCAUCAAAUACCUCCUGCCAGAUGUACGGGGGGACAUCCUCGUACUCUGUCACUCACGAGAAGCACAGCCGAACGGCAGCCCAGGAGACAUGUUGCAAUCAGGCAGUGUAGCCGAGGGCUUGUCUUUGCCGAACAUGAUGAUGCGGCAGGGUACCGGGCAGAGUGUCCCGAUUGUCUUCAAUACAGACCAGGACACUAUGCAAUGUGUUGAGAUGGAGCCAGGUGCCAGGUUGGAGACCUGGAGGCAGAAUAGAGACCUAAAACCCGGUUUUUGCCGCUUGUUGAAGCCCACCAGCUCCGUUGGAGAUGACGGCUUGUAUUAUUCAUCUACUCGAGCUAAGAAAAAGAUGUUGGAAGAACUUUCAAACAGUUUGGACCCUUCCUUGCGCCUCCUUGAUACAUCCGAGGAUAGAGCCGCCGCCCUCUUGGUAUCGACGGAUGUUCCCUUUAACCUGCACGUGAUUCACGCGGUUUGCGCUGAGUGGCCCGAACAGGUGAGCGAAUGGCGAAAACGGAGUCGACCAACAAAAUGGCCCAGCAGUGAGCUGAUAGAGGACGCCGUCAAAUCAGGUUUGUUUGUUUGUUUGUUUUUGUUUUUUCCAAGAUGAGAAAAGGGCUAUUUACGCGAUUACAUUAAAGCCGUGAAGGAGACGAGGCCACGUCUCAGCCAUGAUCCAAUGAGGUGGCUUAACUACCUUGUUUGGCUUUUCAAUGACGCGCACUCACCCUAAAUGUGACUGCGCCCUGUAGGCAACAGUAACACUGAAGCAUUUUUACUCAACCGUGAUUCACGAGUCGCGAAAGUUGACAUCUCCUAUUUUGAAUGUUAGCUAGGUACGAUGAUAAUAUGAUUUUCUUCGUCUAGCGGCGUAAUUUAGUUAGUUUGUAACAUCGACUGUUACGUUUGUCAGUACGUCAGCCCAGAUGUCCCACUAAGAAAAAUCUGGGGCUCGUUGAAUGAGGCGAGACACGAUCUUAAUCUAAAAGUCUUGCUAUUUUUGUCGAAGGUAUUCAUCUUGUUCCAAAAGCUCAUGCCUUGAGCCAGGACAAGGACGUGGAGUGGCGGAUGUCGUUCUCCCUCGCGGAGAUAAAACUGGGACGAAGUCUCCGCGAGGAGCAGAGGCUGUGCUACUUGGCUGUGAAAGCACUGCACCAUAUGGAGCUGAAGGAACCCGAGGGACUGGCAUCUUAUCAUCUCAAGACGAUUCUCUUCUGGACGUGCGAAAAAAUUCCUUCCAGCUUAUGGACUAUGGAUACGUUGGGACGGGGUUUUUGA